ACUUGGACUUGAGUAUUAAAUAAACCUUUUUAAUACAUAUCUAUAAUAAGUUUGAAUGUUAAUCGUGAUUAUUUAUUGUAAGCUGGUUCAGGGUACAAGUACGAGCUAAAGGCUCUGAAAGCUUUGUUAGUCUGAAUGUGAACCUUGCCAACAGUAUAUAAGUUAGCUUUUGAGAUCAAAGUAUAUGUUAGUUAGAAAAGCUGCACUUUAAAGGGAUAUUUCGGCGCAAAAUUAAUUUAGAGUCAAACACAUCGUAACACCGAGCUAGACACCGUCUUGAGAGAUGUUAGUUGCCGACCGCUUGCUUCCCUAGUUAUACCAACUUUAGUGACGACUGCAUGAUAGCAAUACACAGCAGUCUGAGGAGCCAUCAACAAACCUCAACCAAAAGGCCACUCUAUAGCCACAAAUAAUGCUCAGAGCAGCACCUAACUUCAUCAACAGUACAAAUCAGGCAAAGUUAAAAAGAUGUUUGGUGGCUAGUACUGUGGCUAGGACCCUGUAUGUACUGUUGAUGAAGUUAGGUGCUGUUCUGAGCAUUAUUUGUGGCUAUAGAGUGGCGUUUUGGUUGAGUGUGUGGCUCUCUGUACUGCUAUCAUGCGGUCGUUAUUAAAGUUUGUAUAACUAGAGAAGCAAGCGGUCAGCAACUUUCAUCUCUUGAGGUGGUAUCUAACUCGGUGGGUUUGACCCUAAAUUAAUUUUUCUCCGGAAUAUCCCUUUAAGGUAGGGGGGAAGUGCUUAGCUCACCAACUAUAGCGGCUAUAAAUUUGCAGUAACUGCAUGAGCUUAAAUUUACGAUAACACUUGUUGCAUCAAACAGUAAUUUUAUCUUCAUUCUUUCUUGGUCAGAAGUGAUAAUAAAUGACAGUAUUGGACUGGUAUGUGUACUCACUCUUACUGUACAGUCUGAUGGUGAUUCUGGUAUUAGUAUAACUCCAUCAAAGUUACAAUCUAAACCCUGUGAGGCCUGCCAGUAACUGCCUCCCUCCGUGACCUUUUACACACUGACACACCACAUUGCCUCAUGUGUUUAGCCUAUCCUAUUUUACUAUCUGGCUGGGAAUACAUUCACUCCUUUUUUUCUGGUGUCUAUAGAGCACCACAGUGCGUCACAGCCCACCACAAAGCCAGUAACGAUGAGCCCUGAAAGCUGUUUUAAUUUCAAGCUCAAGGCUCCUGUGAGCAGGAUGGAUGUCCUUUACGUCCAGUCCUCCCCCCCUCUCGUUGCUUUGUCACUGUUGUCAUGAGUGCUGGAGCCAGCCCCAGAGGAAUCCCAGGAAUCUUUUUUGGGCUGACCUGGCUCUCAUGGUGACACUGUCCGAGGGGCAGCCCCGGCUCCUCUUUGAUAGUGUAUUUCAGCCCCUGCAUCAAGUAUAAGAAUAGUCUGCAGCCCUGCUGAAGCAUGAAUGACAUUUGUAUAAUACGGAGGCCAAGAACCGCCACUGCUGCAAAUAAAAGAGAAUGCAAAAAAAAAGAAAAAAAGAAACCACAAUGGAAGUUACUGAUGCAAAUAAAAAGAAAAGAAAAGAAACCAAAGCCCGCUGCAAAUAAAAAAAGAAACGGUGCAGAUAAAAAAAAAAGGGGUGAAAAAAGUUACAAGUUGCUCACUGCCAAAAUAAAAGGAUGCAAAUAAAAAAAAGCCACAAAGGAAGUGAGCUGCCGGGGACCAAUAAUGAUGAUGCACCGGUGUUUUAUGAUAACAUGACCUAACCAAAUUACUAAUUAGAGAGUUAACAAAGCGAAAUUCAACAAUAACCUUUCCACUUACGUCUUUGUUCGUCUUCUCGCCGUCGUUGUCUGUGCCUAGAUCGCGAAACACCGGUGCAUCAUCAUUAUUGGUCCCCAGCAGCUCACUUCUGUUGUGGCUUUUUUUAUUUGCAUUCUUUUGUUUUUGCAGUAAGUAACUUUUUUUUUUCAUCGCCACUUUUUUUUUUUGCAUCGUUAACUUCCGUUUUUUUUUUUUUAUCUGUACCGUUUCUUUGUUUAUUCUUCGGUUUCUUUUUUUUUUUUUUUUGCAUUUAUAACGUCUUUGUGACUUUUUUUUUUUUUUGCAUAAAAAAAGUAACUUUUUUUCUCCAUCAGCACUAUUUUUUUUUUUUUUUUUGCUCCCGCUGUGGCUUUUUUAUUUGCAGCAGGCUUCGGUUUCUUUCUUUCUUUUUUUUGCAUCAGUAACUUCUGUUGUGACUUCUUUUUUUUUUUCAGCACCCUUUCAAUUUUUAUUUGCACCGGACUUCAGUUCCUGCUUUUUUUUUUUUUUUUUUGCAUUAGUACAUUCCGUUGUGGCUUCGUUUUUUUGCAUUCUUUUUUAAUUUUUUAUUUUUCCAUUGCCACUUUAAAAAAAUUUUUUUUUGCAUUAGUAACUUCUGUUGUGAUUUUUUUUUUUUUUUUUUUUUUUUUGCCGCAGUGGCGUUUCUCGGCCACCGUAGUAAAAAGCUACGGCUACAUGUGCCAACUGAUCUGUUCAGCUCAAAUAAACUUCCCUCAAUAUAAAAGCAUUUUGAAUCAGAGAGGCGCACACACCAGCAGCGACAGGGUUAAUCAUACCCAUAUGGUGUACCGAGGGGUUUGGUCCAAUGCUGCUGUGGGCCAACAGGAGAGGAAAGGCAGGGUGGGGGCAGAACAGAAGGGAGAGGACAGCAGGGCAGACUCUCUCUCCCCACACCUGCACCUGGUCACUUGAUUCACACUCAAACUCAAGGAUCAGCGGACCAACAUCUUCCCCACAUCCAGGACACGGCUGCUCCAAUCCGGGCGUAAACUUUUUGGAAAGAGUGGAAGACGCGUUCAGGGAUCAGCUGUGUUUUUAUGAACGUUUUCAUUGGAGAAAUCAGCCGAUUUGAGAGCGACUGAUUAGGCUUUGUUGUUUUCAUUUUUUUCUUUUUUUCUCUCCAAGGGAUUUUUUCAAACCUAUCGGAUUGUUUUAAGCCUGCGCAGAGCCGCUCCUGCUUCUCCUCCUGCUGAAGGAGAUUUUCAGACCCAGCUCCGAGACACCAACGUGGGGGAAUGCAGCGUUAACAUCCCCGCAAGUUUGUGGACCUCAAACGCGUAUCGAGAAAGUCCGAAUCUAAAGGUAGGACAUUUAACCUCCCUCUGGUUUAACUUUUAACUCCUGUUUAGUUACUCUGUCACUCUGAAUGCUAUUAGACUGAAGUCCUGGACACAUUUGCUCGGCUCCUAUUUCUGGAUGUUGAGUUCACAGGUAAGAGCGCACUCCCCUCUAUAUACGAAGAAAAGCACAAGGUUAUCGAAAUCCUGUAAUUAUUUCCCUUCAAAGGGACACCCUGUGUUUUCACAGCUGAACUUUAAUCUGAUCUGACGGUACCACCCAGCUCAGAAAACCAGCAGAAAUACCGUCAUACAGGGAAAUAAGUAGCCUAUGGUCAGGCCAUCAUGCAUGAAGCCCUACAGGCACGUUAUUUGACUGGAGUUCCUGACUGAGCAUGGAGGAGAUUUCAUGGGUGUGUGAUGUUUGGAUUGUUUUUCUUAUUAAAUCUAAAUGAAGGUGACUGAAAUAUGAUUGAUUUUAAUCAUGCUAAGAUAGAUCUGCACAUCUAUUACCCUGUUGCUUUGACAUGAGCUGAAAUUGUGUCUAUUUUUCUCUGAUUUAGUUCAUUUGUUGACAUAAUUCAUCAUCAUAUAAGAGUGUAAUCUCUCUAGGGUUGUUUUUGAUUGUGUUUUUUGCUUUCUGCAGCUCCAUGUGCAUUUAUUUUUUACACCCAUUGUGCAUAUUUGCAUUAUUUUACAUCCAAUAUGAGUCCCAUUAUCUGACCCUUUUUACAAACAAAACUUCAGUCAUUAAAGUCACACACGUUUAACAGAUAAUACACAAUCAGACACAAUCUGUCAACAAUUUUUAGAAAAUACGCCACAAUUGCAUCGAUCAGGAGUCGUAUUUUCUGUUUCCAGUGACCAGCAGAUAUCAACAGUGAGUCUGUUUGAUGGGAGGAAUUGAGAUCAAGCUCCCCCGGUGAGCAGAUAUAUGGCAACUGUGUGAUGAUGCCAGGAAGCCUGCGAGGCGUUCCCCCUGGCUUCUGUUUUCAAUUUCUAAACAUUCAGGCAUGCCAGUCAUUUUCACUUUUAUUGCGAUGUUCAUAUUUUUCAAGGGAACAUAUUUUCAUAUAAUGUGGCGCGCGUAAAUCCUCGUGUUAUUGUGAAACCAAAUGAAAUCAUUUUGCGAAAUCUCUCACUUGUUUUUCCGCACGAAUGCCUUCUCUCCCCCCACCUAAAAGCCCUCGUUUUUCCAGGCUUGUACCUUGUGCCACCGGAGGCCGAGGCUUCGAGGAUGCCAUGAGGGGAGAAAAAAUAAAGGAGAGCCCGCUGGGAUGGCUUAUAGGCCGAGCAAAGCACACCUUCAGGGAGACAAUUUAAUGGAUGUUGUGGACUCAGCUUUUAGUAUUCAUAAUUUAUAUGGGAUCCUCUUCAGCAAAGUGCAGAUGCAUAAUGAAUGCUUGAGUUAAGGUCUAACAGUUGGGCCACGUUUCAACACCCCUAAACUGUCAGAAAUUGUUUCAGCGAGGACUACCUGUUUCUUUGAACUGUCAUGUAUUUCACUCGUCAACUCCUGGAAGAAAGCUGACGUGCUUUGUUGAAAGAGAAGCAGACGGAAUUACUGAUGGGCAUCAGAGUCUUUCUUUAAUCAUUUCUCUAUAAAAACACAGAUAAAUACAUGUCCAAGAAAGCAAAACAUGUUCGAGAGCAUGUACAAGAGGACGAGGAGACAUUAAUCACCGUUUUUUCAGACUUUUUUUUCCGUGUGCAUGUGCCCUUAAAUGCUAUUUUGCAGUCUCAACACAUACCUCACUACAUUUACACUUUAAAUAAAUAAUAGGCCUGUCAUAUUUUCCAGAGCAGGUGUGAAGAUUUGGACGUUGUUCUGUCCUGCCAAACUAUACGUCUCCCCUCAGAAGGCUGCAGGCCAAACUUCUGAUCAGAGAGAUCAGAGGAAAAGUAGAAAAGAGAGACAGAGGAAGAGAGGGAGAGAGUCUCUUUCCUGUCCGUCCUUCUUUUUCUGUCUCCCAUUUCUCAUGGGGCACUCUGUAAUAAUAGUUCAUUCCUCUUUCUUUUUUCUCCUCCAGAUUUAGAUCUCUGUGGGCUACCUGCAUGACUGUUACCAUGACAGCAUCUGGAGCCCGACUCCUCCUGUUGGCCUUGUGUGUUUACAGAGUCUCGGCCCUGCAGCAGUCUGCUCCGCGGGUUCGCCUCUCCUUCAAAGGUGAGCUCACACAGAUUAACCAAAACUCCUCUGACAGCGCCGAUUGUCAUCAUUUCUCUUACUGGUUUCCCACGCACACACACACACACGCGCGCUCUCGUCCACACCGACGCGCUCGUUUCCUCUUGUUACAUAUGUAAAGAACGUGUUUCCUGCCUCAUGUCAAACAGUACAACACUGAAAACAAAAGGUGGAUGUUACGUGUGGUGAGUUACUGGUUUUGCCCUUCCACCGAGUUGCUACCCACACCCUCGAGGCAGCACACACUGCUCUGGACCUACUGUACGUCUCCUUCUUUGUUUUUGAUGUCUGACAUGAUGACACAAGAAGGAAACACCUGAAACUUGAUCAGCGUUGCAAAAUGAUACUUCAGAUCUGUAAAGUUUUGGCCGCAGGGUAGAAAAAGGGGCCGGAUGAUGGUUUUAAGAGCCUUUUUUGAAGCUGUUCAGGAUUUCCCCGCGUGCCCAUUAAAAUCCAACAGCAACGUCUCGUGUUGCAGAUAUUUGGAUGACACCUUUGAUCUAAACAAUGCGACAUGAUUACAGUUAUUCCUGCAUCCCCAUCAUGCUGUCACUGCAAGUACAAAUGUCACACCUGAAGUACCUGUAAGUGAGAAUUAGAGGUGCGAAUCAGAUUGAUAACAUUCUUUGGUGCUUUCAUGUGGGGGUGAGUCAAAAAAUGUGGUCUAGAGUCAGGUCUAGACAACAUCAACAUGUUUGGUGUCUUAUCUUGUUCAGCUACAGUCGUGUUUUUCUUCUUUCGGCAGUUCUUUAUUUAGAAAAUGGUUGACAGGGAUAUACUUUUACAAACAAAAUCAGAGCAGCCACUGAGAUAAAGUCCUGUCAGGAGCUUUGCAGCAAACAUACAGCAGGACUCAAAGAGUUUUCACACUUUAACAUGAUGGGAGACGUUUUAGUAAGCCGUCAAGAUUAUGAAGCAGAUAAUUCAGAGAUAAAGAAUCUGUGUGUACAUGUUUUAUACAUCCGUGCACGUUUCCCUGCAUUCUUGUGGUCGACAAAGUACACAGCUUCAUUACUUCAGUCGAGACUCUUGGUCAAAUAUUGCUUAAAUACAUGUGCAUGUUGCUCAGUCAGUCAAAUUAUUUCUAGUUAAAAAGGUCCUUUGAGGCUUUUUUUAUAUUAAUAAGAUAGACUGAAAUUUAUACUGAUGCCCUUUUAUGACCUACAAAAGCAAACAGUACAACUUCAGCAUGUACAAAACAAAAUAAUAAAGACUGCUUUGUCCACAGGGGCUCUCAAGAUAUAUAAUAUGCAAAUAAACUAGUAUAUUUACAAAUAUUUAAUAUGCAGAAAAUACUCAAGUCAAGCACAGACUCUCAAAACUGUACUUAAAACUCCUGUAAGGAACUUUAGGUUUGCUCUGAUUUUGGCGCCCCCUGUGGACAACCUGAUACUUAUUUUUCUCAUAUAGAUAAGUAAGGAGCUUUUUUUGUAUUAUGGGUCUCACUUUGCUUUCCUAUAAGGGUCACAGAUGACUCUUGAGAAUCUUUACUGUAAAAAUUAUGCAUAAAGAAGUAAAGUGUGCAGAUGACCAGCUGGUCUGGCAUCAACCCUGGAAACAGUUACAGGAACACAUAAUUACAAUAUGAAAAAUAUGGACUGACUGAUUGAUUUAUUGACUGAUAAUUUGGCCGAUACGAGUCCGAUUGAUGGUAUUUUGACAUAAUCGGCAUUGUCCCUCAUAAGGCUUAUAUAACUAUAAUCUUUUCCAUAUAAAACACAUAUUUUACAUCACAGAUGAGUGCAUAUCAAAUCUGAAACAUACAUCUGACAGAUAUGUCUGCUGUAGCAUAACCCAAUAUUUUUUAUACUUUAUGACUUAAUUUGAAACAUCUACAACAUGUUGCUGGCUAGGAUAACCAAAUAUAUCCUUUUGAUAUGCCUGAAACAAAAGAUUUAUAUGUGACUUUCUUUCUUUUUUUUUGUCUUUAUAAUUUCAAAUAGCUGGACAGAAAUUGCAGAAUCUCUUGUGGCAAUAUUUUACCGAGCCAGAUAUUUUGUUGUCUUCAUUUGUUGGAUAAAAAACCCUCAACUUCAGAAGUUUUAUUUCUCUUUUUUUUAACAAUAUCAUCAAUUUGAUAUCCGCAUUAUUUAUCAGCCACACUGCUCACACAGUAUCAGUAUCAGUAUCGGCCAUUGCAAAACUGAUAUCAGUCGAACACUAAUGAAAACAGUGCUAAUGGUUUUGUCAGCUUUUGUAGGUCAUACAUAGAGAACAAUAACAUUUUUCACAGUCUGAUUCAUAAUCAGAUAAAAACUCCUCAUAUAAUGCUCUUGUUAAUUAACAUGGUAACUAUAUUCACUGACACGUCUAUACAUACACAUUCACACUCACACAGACUCAUGUAAAAGCACAAAGAUCCUAGUUUGCUGCUCGUCUUUAGGCCACAGAACUGUGAGUUGAAUCACCAGAAAGAAAAAGGAAAAGAAAUUGCAAGUUUUCUUUUUCGUAAAACUCAAAUGAGAGGGACAUCUGAUGCAGAUUAGAGGUGAGCUGAUCAUGAGAUGUGUCAUUGCUGUUCUGAAUUAAGCUGAUUUUGUGCGACUGAAAACAGCUGCCUGCACGGCGCUGUGUGUGGUUGACGUAAAUGACAACGGCUCCAUUCGAGUGUGUAAUUUCAGCACAUUCUUAUAUGAACUUAAACACUAAUCCCCUUUCCGUAAACAGCUUAUACACACCCGUGUUUUUUUUUUUUUUUUUUUUGGUAGCUUGGUGCCGAACGUAACAGCCUGACCAAUUACACAAGUUCGGUCUUGAACUUGGUGUGUUCCUCCCUGUGUGAGAUACAAGAAUUCAUAUCCGCCCAGACUGAUAAAGUUUCUCUCUCGGAGCAUCUGUCCAAUUUUUUUUCAGAUUGUUGAUAAAGUUUGCAGCCACUUUGAAUGACUCACUCACCCUUUCCCCCUGAAGUGAACAAACAUACGAAAAAAAAAGAAGUUGGAUUUACUGGCCGAGCGUUUUCUGCCACCCCAAGGAUUGAUUGUUCAUUGUUUGUGACACCGGGUCUCUUUGUUCCCCCGAGGCGCCUGUGGAGGAGGUUUUUUGGGGCGGCUGUAGGGCAUGUGACUUCUCUGAACGAAUGGGCCGGCAUGAGUGACACUCCAGAGGAUACAGAUCUAGCAUUGUUUCCUCUGUCGCUGGGAAGUUGUGUCACAUAGAUGCACUUCAAAGGGCUUCCCUCAGUCUCAUUUGAUAGAAUUAGUCAGCAUCGCCACACAGCAAAAAAGUGCGGCGUAAUUAGAGCCUCGUUUGAGAAUCCCAGGCCCUCGCAGCGCCGUCGACGGUUUACUCAUACUCGAGAUAGGCCGAGGACUAAACUAGAGUGGUCAUUAGAGCCUCAGUGACAAUAUGUUGUCAAGUUGUAACCCGAGAGCUUACAAUAGUGAGCUCCGUGCUCGAAUUGUACGUCCUUCCCAGUGUUUCCCUGUCAGUGUCACUAUGCUGUCAGGGGAUAAGUGUUAGCUGAAUGUUUACCAGAUGAUGGCAGUACAUUGUUUGCUAUUUUUAGAGGAUGGAGACAUGUAUAGGGGUGUGGUGUUUCUACAUUUAGCCCCCACUGUGAAUCCACUACGGCCCAGUGGAGCCCAUCCAGAGGCUUGUUAUCCUGUGUUUACCUCUCAGGAACAAGACCGGACCCCCCGUUCCCACCUCUUCGGCUCCAUGUCGUGUCGUCCGGAGAUCCGAUUGCAUAGCUUAUUUUAGUCACACCUUGACUACAUCCUGUUAACAUUGACCUCAAAAGGAAGAUGGCCGGCACUUUGAUGUAAAUAAAGAUUGUGCUUCCUGCCGAAUCCCUGUAAGCCGGCUUCUGAGGGGUCUCUGCGAACAUUUGUCAUUUUAUAAGCCGGCUGUCUCUACCAGACCUACAAUGUGCCCCAGAGUGCAAACAUGACUCUGUACAUGUGUCUGGGUGCUGCGUUUUUGUGUUUUUAAAUGGAGCAAAAGAACGGGGGGGAACAGAAGAAUGGAAAAAGUCACAUUCAGAGGCAGAGUGCAGCACGCAGCCCUCUCAGCAAAUGAAAAUUGUUCAAUCAAAGCUUUCAGGAGAACAAAAAAAAAAAAAAACAGAGCAGAAACAUUUUCCACUGCGGCGUGUCUUAACAGGUUCUGCUCUGCUGAACACAAUCCUGAUCUUAAGAAUUAGCAGCGAGUUCCACUGACCGUGUUCCCUGAGGGACCUGCAUUUUCGCCCAACUCGACAGGGCACGUGGUGCCUUAAACUCAAUCACACAGGCAGGACACAUGAAAUAUUCAGAUCUUAAAAGCGAAUAUGUUUCUUAAAAUGCACCACGUUGAGUUAUAUUUAAUCAGUGACACACAUUUUCCAGAAAAAGAAGUGAGAAGGGUGUUGUUAAAGGGGGGCACAAGUUCAUCCAAGUCAGUGAUGAAGCGUGUUAGAGGAAUAGAUGAUGUGAAAGGUUUGCAGAGCUUACCUCUGCUCCCUCUGCUGUUACUUAUUUUAACCAAAUCUUUAUAUUGACGGCCUGCUUAAGCUUUCAACACUAGGUGCAUGAUGGGUAAAAGUCAGGCCAAAUCAGGAGAUCUGCACAACUUGGACUUUUUGUUCUGUCUCAAAUAUCAAACAAAACCGAUGCGUGCUGUUUGUUUCACCAGAGAGAGAAAAAAAAACAAGUGUGAGAUUCUCUGACUUCAAAUAGUCUGGUAAUAAUCUUGGCGUGUGCGAUAGGGGGAAUUAUCUUGGACAGCGCAAGCACAAAGAAAAGAUGGAGAUGAUUAUAUUUACAAGCAGCGCUGCACAAGAAAACAGCUCUUUACUCGGGGUUAGUGUGUGAUCUGAGUGAGCAGAGAGGACGUCUCUGUUAAAGGCUCAUUUUACUUAUCUGUGUAGAGCACUUUGUAAGAAAGCAUCCUCAUAAUAGGAGCUGUAAUGUGUGUUGAUUAGUUGUUUAAUUUGAUCCCUUUUAUGGUUUUGAAAUCAGUCCCAGGUAUUUGCACUUGGGCGUGGUUUACGGUUCAGGUGUGAGGCAGUAACAUGCCCACUUAGUCUGAAGUUUUAAGUCCUUAAAAAAUAAGGUCAAACGUGUCUUCACUGCUGCUGCAAUUAAAAAAAAAAUCAUUUUCAGGAUUUAUUGACUUAAAGUGUGGAGAAACAUGUGCGGUAAAGCAAACAGGGAGCGUGAGGAUUAGGUGUGUUAGUGCAGCAGAGGGUCAGAGGGAGCAAAUGAAGGGAAGCAGCAGCUUUAACGAGCAUUAAUGAGCAUUAACAAGUGCAAACAAGCUUAUGACUACAUGGCUUAACUGUGUAUGACUCAGAGGUUUGAUCAUUUUGAAGACUCGGUCACAUAAGCUCACGUCUCUCUGUUUUUAAAAUGAGGGCAAAAAUGUGUGUAAGUAGGUUACAUCUGCAGCUACACUCUCAUUUACUGUCCAUUAUAUGUCCAGUUUAAUGAACACAGCUACCUUUGUGUUAAAUAAAAAGAUGUUUAUAUUGGACCUCCAUAAACUAUCUCGUCCCAGGGGUCUGUUUGCACACUUCAACAUAAACUGAUCAGACUCUAAACCGGUCGUGUCUUUUGUUCUGUGCAGAAUUUAUUCGAGGAUGUGGUGUAAGAGGACUCUGUAAUGAAACUCCAUUAGAUUUUAAAGCUGCUCUUAACUGCAGAUAGAAGAGAAAGGAUGAUUGUAGUCGAUUGAAUACAAUCGUAAACACUUAUAAAUGUCCCCAAGUGUAUUGACGCUUUUCUCUCUCUGGCUUUGAAAGCAAAUAGGAUAGCUGCCAAAUUUCAGUCGAAUGUCAUUAAAUAGGGGGAAACCUGGAUUUUAUCACAAUUUAAUGUAAAUUUUAUAGGUAGAUAAAGUUGGCAGAGAUGACAAAGGGUAAAUAAAUGAUUUUGACUGCUUAAAAUCUAAGAAGAUUGAAUUAUCCAUGUAAUUAUUCUCUCUUUAUUCUUAUGUACUUUGCAUUUUCCUUCGACAAAUAGGCUGCUGGGGUUAAGGCGCGCUUACAUCUGUGACUCGUUCAAUUAUUGGUGCGGUUUGAGUGUUAAAAUGUGGUUUAUUGUUCCAAAAAAUAAAAGAAAACACUCUGAUCCAGGUCCAAAACUUUUGCCUUUAAAUGUAAAAAUGAUGCGAUGAAAUAAGGUUAAAACAGGGUGAGCGAAACGGUCAAGAGAAAAUGAUCAGAGCUUACUACAAACCUGUUGUCUGACUACACCAAGAAAAGGACGGUACAAUUUAAGAGGGGUUUAUAUUUUUAAAACAGAUAAUAAAGCAAGAACAAAUGUGAAAGCUAGAUGUGUUUCAGUUUGGGGAGUUAAGCAAUGGAAUAACCUUAAUGAUGGGUUAAAAUUGUGUAACUCACAGGUAAUAUUUAAAAAAGCAUUAAAAAGCAAAAUAAUUCAGGAGUACAUACAGCUUUGAGUAAGACAUUUUCUUUAAUUCUUUGUGGGUUUUUUUUCCUUUCGUAGUGCAACAUAUUAUUUUAAUGUUUUCUUUUUAAUAUUAAAGUGUCUUUCUUUUUUUUUUAUCUUAUUUCAACAUUAUCAACUGUUUUAGAUAUUAAAAUGAUGUUAUAAGGAUUGUAAAGGAUAGGUAAUUAUAAGCAUUGUGCUUCCGCCUAAUCCUUUUUUUGGUCAAGUUUAUAAUUCUGUUUGUUUCUCAUUUGUUGUGAUUGUGACCAAAAAUAAAACCAUUCAUUCAUUCAUUCAUUCAUUUAAACAAUGCGCCAAACAUCCCAAAACCGCACCAAUCAGUCACGAUCCCUGGAAGUGACAUAUAGUAAAAAAUCAGACUUCCAACAAACAUAUUUCUGCUCCUACAAUGCGGGUCUUUCUGCUUUUUUUCCUGCCUGUAAUAAAGCUUCGACUGAAUAUUAAAUCUGCCUCCUUUCUCACACAGAACUGAUGGACACAAAAGCAGCUCGGCCCUUCAGCUUCUCCUUCAACACCAGCGAUUAUCGCAUCCUGCUGAUGGAUCAGGAUCAGGGCCGUCUGUACCUGGGCAGCAGGGAGUACCUGGUGGCGUUGGACAUGCACAACGUCAACAAGGAGCCUCUUAUAGUGCGUUCAGACUCCGCCAGCCUCCUUUUUUUCAUAAAUCCAGUCUGCUAUUUGGUAUGUAGCGGUUAAGUCUCUGAAUGCAGUGAUCCUUAAUAAUCCUGUAUUUCGCAAAACACAGAUCCACUGGCCGGCGUCUGCGAAGAGAAAGGGGGAGUGUCAGAUGACGGGGAAAGGAAGACAGGUGAGGUUGAGUGUUAACAUCCGUCUCUUUGAGAAAGAGGACACCUGCUUUUCACAAUGACGAGGAUGAUGUUUGGAUUCCAUUUGUCUUACUCCUCUUUGUCCCAGGGUGAAUGUGCCAACUUUGUGCGCCUGAUAGAGCCCUGGAACCGCACCCACCUCUACACCUGUGGGACCGGGGCGUACCAGCCAAUCUGCACGUUUAUCAACCGCGGCUGGAGGGCAGAGGUGAACACAGAAACGUUUACGUUUUUCCCCCCAGAGCGAGCUUUACCGCCAAGAUCCCACAGCAGCAGCAGCGGCGGGCCUGGAAAGCUUCGUCCUGAUAAAUAUUUCAGCACUACAAACUAGGACAGUGAUUUGUUUAUGAUUUUCCCAUGUUCCCUUGUGACGUCUAUUUUUAAUGCAUCUUCUUCCUGUCUUAUCCGGCUCUGCAGGACUACCUGUUUAGGUUGGUCCCUGGAUAUGUGGAUUCAGGGAAGGGAAAAUGUUCUUAUGAUCCCAAACAGGAGAGCGUUGCAGUUCUUCUCAGUAAGAUAUGCUUCAUUUUUAGACAAAGAAACUUAUUAAAAUUCUUUACUCCAGAGAGUUUCACUGUUUUUUUCCCCCUCUGCAGAUGGUAAUCUAUAUGCAGGUGUCCAUAUUGACUUCAUGAGCACAGAUGCUGCUCUGUUUAGGACCAUGGGAGGCAGAACGGCGAUCAGGACGGAGCAGUACGACUCCAGGUGGCUCAACGGUGAGUAAGUGUGGGUGUGAGGGAGUAAAUGUCUCUGAUUACAGGUUGUGGUUCCUCUCUUUUUAUUUGACAACCACUUUGCUCAAUCCCCUCUCUGCUUAUGUGUCUUUAUCCUCCCAGAGCCAGUGUUUAUUCAGAUCCAGCAGAUCCCUGACAGUGCGGAAAGAAACGACGAUAAACUUUACUUUUUUUUCCGCGAGAAGACUCUGGACUCGAACGGCGGGGCGAGCCCCAGUGUCCUAGCCCGGGUGGGGAGAGUGUGUCUGGUGAGCCAAAAACUCAUCCCAUAUCCUGCGAUAAGAGAUCUAUCUUAGUUUGUAAAAUGAAACCCACUGUAGGUAUCAAGCCUUGACCCAAUUUCCUUCCUGUCUAGAAUGAUGAAGGGGGGCAGAAGUCCCUGGUGAACCGCUGGACGACUUUCCUGAAGGCUCGGCUUAUCUGUUCAGUGAUCGGUGAAGACGGAGUGGAGACACGAUUUGAUGAACUACGUGAGCACACAAUGAAAUAACCGCUGGCUUUAAACUGAUAGCAUUUUAAUUGCAGCGGCUUUUACCUUCCUGUUAUUGAUUUUCGGCCUUUUUUUUAUCUUCCAGGGGAUGUGUUUAUCCAGCCGACACAGGAUGAGCGAAACCCAACAGUGUACGCUCUCUUCACUACAGCUGGGUGAGAUAAAAUCACACCUUCUCCAACCUAAUCACACAUUUUUUGUGGAUGAUUCAUGGUGGAACUGCUCCUUUAAUUACCCUAAUUGUCUCUUUCACUUCAAGCUCUGUGUUCAAAGGCUCAGCCGUCUGUGUGUACUCGAUGGCUGAUAUCCGUAAUGUCUUCAAUGGACCGUUUGCCCACAAACACGGCCAUAAUUACCAGUGGACUGAGUACACUGGCAAGAUUCCCUACCCUCGGCCUGGAACAGUAAGUCUCAGUUGUCUUGUCUCCAAAUUAGAUCAAUCUAAUCCACCAAACACACCGUGAUCUAAAAAUCGUCUCUUUCUUCAUCCAGUGUCCAGGAGGGACCUUCACUCCAGGGAUCCGCUCCUCCAAGAACUUCUCAGACGAGGCUGUGAAUUUCAUCAGAGCUCAUCCUCUCAUGUAUCAUCCGGUUUAUCCCAUCUACCGCCGCCCCCUGGUGGUGAGAACCGGCGUGGACUACCGUUUUACAUCUAUGGUGGUGGACCAGGUGGACGCUGUAGACGGACGUUACGAGGUGUUAUUCCUGGGGACAGGUGAGUUCUAUAUUGGGAAUUAGUUUGGCAAGAAAAAAAGAGGUUAUCCAAUCCAAUUCAGGUUUAUUUAUAGAGCACAUUUAAAAACAACAAAGCGCUGACCAAAGUGCUGUACAGUAAAAUUAAAAACAAAAUAAAAAGAGCCAGACAAUUAACAUGAACAAUAAAACAAAGACACAGGAACACAUUAAAAACAUAGAUGGUUCAGUAAAAACAGGAUUAAAAGGCCAAGUUCUCAGGAGUUAAAAGCCAGGGAGUAAAAGUGCGUUCUCAAAUUUGAUUUAAAAACAGGCAGUGAGGGGGACAGUCGGACAUGAAAGGGAAGAGCAUUCCAGAGCUUUGGCGCAGCAACGGAAAAAGCCCGGUCACCGCUGAACUUUAAUCUUGACCUCUGGACAGUCAGAAGGCACCUGUCAGAGGAUCUGAGAGUCCGAGAUGAAAUAUGGGGUUUUAAAAGGUCAGAGAGAUAAAAAGGAGCAAGCCCGUUUAAAGAUUUAUAAGUUAAUAAUAAAAUUUUAAAAUCAAUCCUAAAACACACAGGAAGCCAGUGAAGAGAGGCUGAAAUCGGGGAAAUGUGGUCAUAUUUACGGCGACCGGAUGAAACACGAGCUGCAGCAUUUUGAACGAGCUGUAAACGAUUGAGACAGGUUUGGCAGACACCGAAAUAAAGUGCAUUACAUGAUCAAGACGAGUUGUGAUAAAAGCAUGCAUAACCUUCUCAAAAUCAUUAAAAGAUAAAAAAGACUUGACCUUGUUCAAAAGACGAAGAUGAUAAAAACUGUCUUUGACAGCUGCAUUUAUCUGCAGAUCCAUUUUAAAUGUGUUUUCUGUCACUUCUAGAUCAAGGCACUGUUCAGAAAGUAAUAGUCCUGCCAAAAGACCCCACGAGCAUGGAGGAGCUGACACUGGAGGAAGUGGAAGUUUUCAGAGUAUGUUCAAAACACACUGAAGACUCACAAUAAAAACAAAAUAAUCGAAGAAUUAUAUUUUAUUGAGAGAUCUUCUUCUGUUUGUUAAUUUUCAGAGUCGCGCUCCUGUCAAAACCAUGAAGAUCUCCUCUAAAAGAGUAAGUCAAUCCCUCUUUACUGCAGAUAUCAAAACAGACUCUUCAUUGUGACACUGAAUUUAAUUUAUCUCCUUAUCCUUGUGUCGCCAUAGCAACAGCUGUAUGUGUCAUCAGACGCGGGCCUGACCCAGGUGUCGCUGCACCGCUGUGGCGUGUACGGCCGAGCCUGCUCCGACUGCUGCCUGGCCCGAGACCCCUACUGUGCCUGGGAUGGAGAGAGCUGCUCUGCCUUCACCCCGUCCACCAAGAGGUCAGUGAUCGCUCUGAUCUGGUUACGGCUCACUGCAACUAGGAAGUCGACUCAGUCUUUUUCAUUAAUUUUCUCUCAGGAGGAGCAGACGACAGGACGUCAAACACGGCGACCCGCUGAGGCAGUGCAGAGGCUUUAAUGCGAAAGGUCCGGACACUUUUUGUUGUGUUUGAAAAUCAUCAACUAAAUGUAGUAUGAAGUUGUCAGCAGCUCUUUCUUUUUUCUCUUUGCAGUUGAGAAACGUCUGAGAGAAACGGUGCAGUUUGGAGUGGAGGGCAGCAGCACCUUCUUGGAGUGUCAGCCUCGCUCUCCUCAGGCCACCGUGAAGUGGCUUUUCCAGAGGGAAGGGAAGAGGAAAGUGGUGAGCAAAAACCUUAAAUUAUACACUUCAACAUUAAAGAUGUAGUUUGUCAUUUAAGGUAACACAGAGAGGUAUAGGUUAGAUUAUCUGGUUAACUGAUUUAAUACUGUGUUUUAAUUCAGCCGAUGUUUUGGUUUUAAGAGUGACCCUGUUAACUGGUGACUUUAAGCCAAACGUGUCAGUGGUUGUUGUGGUUAUAACAGCUGUUAAAACACCUCAUCAUGUGUCCCAGUUUGCUUUUUUCUGAUGCCUCAUCAGAUAUUUCUUUAAUGACACACUAAUGACAUUUGCAAGAGAUGCACAACACUCACAGCAUCUGUAGCCCUGAGCUAUCGAACGUGUUCGGGUCACUGUAUCCAAGCUCAGUCUAAUCCAGUCUACUGCAAAUAGAUGAUCUUAAUCCUGAACGUUAAGUAAACCCAAUUUUCACCAAGUGUAGAUGAUGAAAAAUUUGCUUUUGAGCCGUGGUGGUGAGAUAAUCAGGACUUAAUAUGUAAAGGUAAUUUCAUGGAAGCUGUAUUUACACUAGGGUGACCGUACGUCCUCUUUUACCCAGACAUGUCCUCUUUUUUGGGGGGCUGACCGGGCUUGUCCGGCUUUGUCCAGGAGAGUUUAUAAAAUCCUUCAAAUGUCCAGAGUUUUGUCUGAGAGUUUUGAUUUUGUGUCAAGUGGACUUAAUGAGUUAGAAGCGCAUAAAAGACCCCAAAACUCUCAAAAUUAACUUUGUGCGACUCUGUGACUCCGCCCCUGCGUUGCCGUGUCCUCUUUUUGGGAAGUCAGAAUAUGGUCACCCUAAUUUACACCGCCCCCUGCACCUCUCAGUGUUUCCAAACAGUACAGAGAUCUCUAGUCCUUGGUUGCUGGUUCCACCCCUGGCCAUGACCCUUUGCUGCAUGUCUUCCUCCAAUCUUUACACCCUACAUAUAUACAAAUAAUGACACCAACUCCCAUGAUUCCACACUUCUUUGCAGUAGGAAUAAACAAUGCAUUCUGUUAUUGUUUAUAUAGACACAGAGCAACAUAUAUUACCUACUGUGUCUUUAAAAGCAUCACCAUCUCACCUUGUUCCAAAUUUAGAUACUUGAUGUUUCAUUUUUCUGCAGCUCAACCGUCUUGGAGGUGUUCUCAAAACCAACCACGGCAUCCUCCUGAAGUCUCUCAACCAAUCAGACGCAGGGCUCUAUCACUGCCUCGCCACUGAGAACAACUUCAAACACACGGUGGCCCGCGUGGCGCUGCGCAUCCUGGACCGAGACAUCGUUUUGGCUCUCACCGCUCAAGACGAGGACGAAGAGCCGAAAACACGCCACGCGGGGCCUUACCCGCAGUCGCCGCUCGCCUCCACGCCCUUCCCGCCUGAGAUCAGACUGAUAAACCAGUACUGCCAGUCCUACUGGGAACAGCUGAAUCCCAAACAGCAGCAGCAGCAGCAGCAGCAACAACAACAACAACGUAAACGCACCAGCCGCAGACACACAGAGAGCCAGGACCAAGGCCUGGGCUAGAGAACGAGACUCACCGUGUCCAACACUGGUCUGUCUGGACUUUUACUGGACUUUUUGUUCGACACGCAUGAUUGUGCGUCACCACCGUUCAUUGGGCAGGGGAUGCUGUCAUGCUGUUGUGUUAGUACUAUACAGGUGGUUUUGCAAGUUUCCUCCUAUGAAACACAAAUUGUGUAUAUUUUAUGUCACAAAAACUAAGGUAUGAGUCGAAGUUAUCAACUGGACACUCGCUUCGGAUUUAUCACCCAUUAUAGGGAUUAUUACAAAACGUACUGAUCUAUGUUUUGCCUGGGAAGACUAUUUCUCGGUCUGUGUUUUUAACGUUCUCCACUGGGCUGGUGUUAGACGAGGUGACAUGCAGGGUGUAGACCAAAAGAGAGUUUGUUUACAUUUUCCCCAGCAAGGUUUCACAGUGAGUAGUACGUGAGCUGCUGAAAAGGAGGAAGGGCGAGAUAUUUUUGUUAGAGAGUACUGCACUUGUGCGGACAGGGCAGGAGCAGCUAAGAUGUAAAAAAAAACCAUGUCAUCUCUUUUUCCACGGCGCUGCAGAAAGUCCCUUACACUUGCUUUAAAUGUUACAUUUCCAGCAGUCCUUAAAUGCACCAGUAAGGGCUUUCUAAAGACAUCCGGAUUUUCAUUAAAGCACAACGUUACUGUGGUUAAAAGUCGAAAUAAUCUCAUAUGUUUUGCUGCAUCUUUGAAAUAAUCAGACUGUGAUGUAAAAUAUAUACAGUGUGUCGUAAAUAGGCUCAAUGUGCAAAACCACAGGUGUUGUACUUUUAAGUAUCUUGAAACAGAAAUGUAAUAUAUUGAUUGUGAAUAUAAUAUAUAUGUUCCUUGGAUUACUCUUGUAUUGUAUGAAGAUAUUAUGAUGAUACAAAUGCAUAAGUUGCAUGCAUUUCUCUUGUUGUUUGUUGCAAGUUGUACAUUUUACUGUGUUGGACCGUGGUGUGUACUGAUGUUUGUAAGGUGUAAUGUGUUCUGCUAAGCUAAUUCCAGUGGAUGUUGUCAUUUAAUGACUCCUUUUACUGUCCUGUGCUCUAGUGACCUCCUGUAUGUGAGUGUUGAAGAUUUGUAUAGCGUACAGUGUUCUUCCAGUUAUGCACUUUGUUGGUGGUGGGAUUUGAGGGAAAUGGGGAUCUUUGCACAGAUGUAUGAGAAAAUGAUACGAGAACAUGGUUUUUUUUUAUGUACAGUAUGUUAUAAAAAUGGGAAUGAAUAUGGAUCAGAUUUAGUAUUGGUUGUUGGUGUUCUGUCAUAAGCUGUAUUUACAGGAUUUUAAAAAACGGCUCUUUUAAAGGAAGCACAAAAGACGAUAUUUCCAGUCAGAGCCUCCGUUCACCUUCAUUGUGAGUAACACAGUGCUGUUAUGAUGAUGAAUCCUACACUGGAAGUGUUCAAAACAAAUAUAUAAACAUUUCAGAAUUCUCUAAAA